UUUUAGUUUUUAAUAACACACUGUCAUACAGGGAGACAGAUCUGUCCGACCUGAACUGUGAGAAAAUGUUACUCACUGUGGUGUUGUGUUUACCUGUAAUUUUUGUCCGGUGGAGCGACUCAUUACCGACGAGACGACAGCCGGGUCCAGUCAACAACCGACCGAUUAUUGGAAUUUUAACUCAAGAAGUAGAAGAUGAUGUGAUGAAGCCGUUUGGAAAGACCUACAUCCCUGCUUCCUAUGUAAAGUAUAUAGAGUCAGCGGGAAGUAGAGUGGUACCUAUCAGGUUGACUCAGAGUACUGCCGAGUAUGAGAAGAUUUUCAAGUCAAUUAAUGGCCUGCUGCUCAUCGGAGGUUCGUCAGAUCUUGAGACGUCAGACUUUGCAAAGGUGGCAGGGAUCUUCUACAGGCUUGCCCUCAAGGCCAAUGAUGCUGGAGACUCCUUCCCUAUCUGGGGCACAUGUCUAGGGAUGCAACUGCUGACUUGUCUGGUGGCUGGAGAGAACCUGCUGACCAAAACCACAGCUGAGAACAUGGCCCUUCCCCUGAACCUCACCAAAGAGGCCCAUUCCAGUCAAAUGUUCCAGGGGUUCCCCAGUGAUGUCAUGAAGGCAUUAUCCCAGGAAGCUUUGACAGGGAAUUUUCACCAAUAUGGAGUGACCAUGAAGACAUUCAAGGAAAAUGAGAAGUUACAAAGUUUCUUCUCCAUCUUGUCCACGAACACAGCUGAAAAUGGUGCCAUCUUUGUCUCAACCAUGGAAGGGAGGACCUACCCCUUCUAUGGGGUCCAGUGGCAUCCUGAGGUGAACCGUUUCCAGUGGGACCCCAAACUCAACUUCCCCCACUCCUCAGACGCUGUACGCGUUGCCUCCCUACUGGCUGAGUUCUUUGUCAAUGAAGGCAGGAGAAGUUUGCAUCACUUCAACCAGCCUGAGGAAGAGGCCGUGUCACUCAUAUACAACUACACACCAACCUACGCUGGCAACUUCACUGGAUACGAGCAGAUCUACUUCUUCUGAGAUGUUGAAGUUCUGCCCUCACAACUCUAUAAUUCAUCCCUGAUGUUAUUUUGGGAUGUUAUGAGAAGUUUACUAUGGGCACUAAUUGUUGUUGGGCGUAAAUUGCUGGAGAUUGCUGUUGGGCGUAAAUUCUUAUUGUUUAAAUGAAUUCAACCUUCUGGCCCAACCUACACUGAACAAAAAUAUAAACGCAACAUGUAAUGUGUCGGUACCAUAUUUCAUGAGCUGAAAUAAAAUAUCCCAGAAAUGUC